AUGGGUUUUCAGAGCGCGACCCUCGCCGCAUCCAACGCUACUUCUCUCGCGUGCCGAGCUGGCAACUCCAGCCGCCAGCUCAAGCCAGAACACGGCUGCACCAGCAGCUACAUCCAGGUCCCCCACCGCGUCGCAUCCUCCCCUUCAUAUCUCCGUGCACCGUCGUAUUCCUCGCGGGUCCGCAGGCAAAUCUCGGCUUUUCCGCUGCGGGUUGCUGCGGAAUCUUCCCCCGCAGAUACUGCCACUGGCAAGCCUGGCGGCUCUAAACCCGGCAGUUCCAAGCCUAGAGAUGUGAUUCCCGCCGCUGCUGCUGCUGACGGUCCGGCGGUUGUAGCGGGAGCUACAGCCGUCCUGGAGGCGCCUGCGGUGCUACAGCCGUCGACGGCGGCCGGCAGCGACCCAGAUGCGGUCCGGCUGGUACCCCGUGUGGAAGAGCGCAACGGGUAUUGGGUCCUAAAGGAGGAGUAUAGAACGAGUCUUAAUCCCGCGGAGAAGAUUAAGAUUGCCAAGGAACCGAUGACGCUGAUCGCGGAAGGGGCUAAGGCGCUUCGGGAGCUGGCUCUAAAGACCAUGGCGGAGGUGGAUGGGAGUAAGGAGACGAAGGAUGACAUCGACUCGCGGUUCAAGUGGCUGGGGCUGUUCCACCGUCGCAAGCAGCAAUACGGUCGCUUCAUGAUGCGCCUGCGGCUGCCCAAUGGCAUCAUUACAAGCGAGCAGACGCGGUUCCUCGCUGACGUCAUCGCCCGUUACGGCGAGGAGGGCGUGGCGGACAUCACGACGCGACAGAACUGGCAGAUCCGCGGAGUGACGCUGCAGGACACGCCGGAUAUUAUUGAUGGAUUGAACAAGGUGAACCUGCGGUUUAUUCAGAGCGGAAUGGACAACGCGCGCAACGUGGUGGGCAACCCACUGGCGGGGAUCGACCCACUGGAGAUCAUCGACACACGGCCCUUCUGUCAGGCCAUUGAUGACGUCAUCACGGGGCACGGCGAGGGCAACACGGCUCUGUCCAACCUUCCGCGCAAGUGGAACGCCAGUGUGGUGGGCUCACACGACCUCUUCGAGCAUCCCCACAUCAACGAUCUCGCCUUCAUGCCAGCCCUCCGCCGAACCUCGGACGGAGGUUCGGAGGGGGAGAUGGGGUUCGAGAUGCACGUGGGGGGGUUCUUCAGCAGCAAGCGGUGCGAGGAGGCGAUCCCGAUGGACGCGUGGGUGCCAGCUCAGCCUGCUGACGUGGCGGCUGCCAGCAAGGCAGUGCUGGAGGCGUUCCGGGACCUUGGGAGCCGCAGCAACCGGCAGAAGACGCGGAUGAUGUACCUUAUAGAAGAUCUGGGCAUGGAGGUGUUUCGAGCUGAGGUGGAGAAGCGCAUGCCCAAUGGCCACCUGCCACGUGUCAGCACCGCCGCCACCAGCAACGGCACCACCACCACCAACGCCGCUACUGCUAACCCCUCAGUCCACUCCCUUAUUGAUCCAUCCUGGUCCCGCCGAUCCUACCUGGGGGUGCAUCCCCAGAAGCAGCCUGGUUUGGUCUAUGUGGGUCUGCACGUGCCUGUGGGCCGGGUUCACCCGCCGACCCUGCACGAGCUCGCGCGACUGGCCGAGGAGUACGGCUCGGGGGAGGUUCGGCUGACUGUGGAGCAGAACGUGAUUAUACCGAACGUGCCUGAGGGGAGGGUGGCGGAGCUGCUGAAAGAGCCGCUAUUGGUCGGGGGAAGUGGGGGGCUGGAGGCGGGGGGAGAGAAAGGGGAGGGGGAGGCGGGGGCGGAGGAGGGGAAGGGGGAGGGAUGGUAUGGGUUGAGGGCACAGCCAGGGAAUCUGAUGGGUUCCCUGGUGGCGUGCACUGGUAACCAGUUCUGCGGGCAAGCUAUCAUUGAAACCAAGCAGAGGGCGCUGCAGGUCACACGACAGCUGGAAGAGACUUUAAAUCUGCCCGACCCUGUGAGGAUCCACUGGACCGGCUGCCCGAACUCUUGUGCGCAGGUGCAAGUGGCAGACAUCGGCCUGAUGGGGUGUAUGGCAAGGGACGAAAACAAGAAACCCGUGGAGGGAGUUGACAUCUAUAUGGGCGGCAGAAUCGGAUCUGAUUCUCAUCUGGGGCAGGUGCACAAGGCAGGUGUACCAUGCAAGGACCUGGUACCUGUCCUUCAGGAUAUACUUGUGGAGAGAGCCGCGCUUCUCGCGCUGUCCCUGGCGCUGCUGCUCGCAGUCGCCCGCGCUGGCAGCCCCCUGACGAGCGCCACCGCGAACGAGAAACCCGACCCGAGCAGCAAGAAGGACGACGGGCUCAUGACCGAAGUUCCCGCGGAUAUCGCGAUGCUCGCCGUGACGGGCAACGCGGCGGGAGUCACUUACGUGGAUACGGCCCAGGAUUCGUUUUUCAUGGCUGAUGUGAAAAAGGCAGGCUGGAACGCGCAGAAAUGCCCGCCUGGAUUGAACAAGGAGCUGGCGGGAGCGUGCACGCCGAAAAAUUGUUCCAAGGGCGGCAUCCCCGCUAAGUGGAAAACCGCUUACCUGCAAAAGAACAAGCUGGGUUACGAGCUGUACGUGCCGGGUAACCCGCUGACGUUGCUCAAGGCGAACCCCGCGUCGUGCUGUAACACCUGCGCCGCGACUCCGCUCUGCACGUACUGGCAGUACAUUCCCGAUAUUACCAUCGACGGGAAGAAGGGCAAGGGCGCGUGUUAUCUGAUCCACGAUCAGAUUGAUUUCACCUGCGGAGAGAUGACCGCGCAGUACUCGACUGAGACGAAGCCGGUGAAUCUCCAGGUGCGCAUCGGUGGAGAGUGCAACCCUAGCGCAAAGAUCCUCAACGACCCGCAUUUGGUCGGCGCUCACGGCACGCAUUUCGACUUCAACGGCCGGCCCGACAAGGCGUUCUGCCUGCUCACGGACCGCGAUCUUCACGUGAACAUGCUGCUGAGGGGUUACUAUGACGAGCGCACCGACAACGCCGCGCUCGUGGUCGACGGAAAGGCGGUGCACACGUGGAUUAAGGAGCUCGGGAUCGUCUGGACCGCUCAGGGCGCGGACCACAAGGUUCGGCUCGCGGCGCGCGGCGGCAAGCAGCAGGAGCGCGGCGACGGGUUCAUGAAGAGCAUCGAGAUUGACGGCGAGGAGAUUCCGAGGAUGAAGGUUGGCGACACGGUGACGAGCGACGGCGGGCUGACGGUUCACUUCCGCGGGCUCGAGAAGGAGGGACCGUUCGAUGUGGAUUACUACAUGCUGACGAUCGACGGUCUGAUUUCGCUGGACCUGCGCCUGCGCGUCGCGCACCCGAAGCUGCAGACCCCGACCGACGCGGAGGCGCACAUCAACGUCGGGAUUGCCGAGCUGGAGCACACAGAGGAGAUUCACGGUGUGUUGGGGCAGACUUACCGCGCGGAUCAUUCCCAGCGUGCUUCGGAUUUCCAGCGUUUGAUCGCGAGCCUGCACCGUCCGAUUUCGGCUGAUGGCGCGGAGGGGAAGGGGUUCCUGGAUGGUACACCCAGGUCGUAUGAGGCGAGUGAUGUGCUAGCUGUGGACUGCGCUUAUACCGCGUAUGGCCGCGCCAGGAAGGUUAUGCCCGUGCAACAGUUCCCCUAA